AUGAAUGAUCUGGUUGUCUUCUUCUUUGCUGGUCACGGAACUCAAUGGAACGAUCAAAACUAUUUACUACCCAUUGACAGUGAUCGAAUAAAAACCAAGGAACAUCUCAAGACUAGAGCUAUCAAUGCACAAGAUACUCUUGAACUCAUGUCGAAUAAUAAUCCUGCAGCAACCAUCUUUCUUCUAGAUUGCUGUCGUGAUUAUUGUGUCAAAAAUGAAGCUUUAUUAGGUCCACGAACAAGAGGUGCUUCAGCAUCGCCUACCGGUCUUACCAGUAUGGAGGCGGUGGGAGAUUCAAUCAUUGUUUUUGCUUGUGCUCCUGGAAAAUUGGCUCAGGAUGUUGCCAGGAAUGGUCGGAAUGGUCUAUUUACAUUUCAUUUGCUUCAACAUAUAGCAAAACCCAACGCAGACAUCGAAAUACUCAUGCGUGAUGUUUGUAAAGGCGUAUCAAACGAGAGUAAAGGGAAUCAAAAACCACAUAGAGUCAGUUCAAUCCAGAGUCAACAUAUAUCGCUCACUACAGUUGGUACCAAAAUCGGUAGGUAA